AGUCACAGACACUCACUGAAGCACCUAGCUCAAGAAAUGGCCAAGGGAGCGGUGAUGCUUCUUGUGCUAUUCACGGUGCUGUCGGCGGUGAGCGAAGCCCAGCUGCAGCACCGGGCCGGUCACAGGACCUUGUCCCACGGGCAUCGCCGGUCCGCCGACCCAGCGGCGCCGACACAUCUCCACUUCUUCUUCCACGACACCGUGAGCGGCGCGUCUCCGUCGGCGGUGCGGGUGGUGGGUCCGGCCGACCCGUCAUCGCGGACCUUCUUCGGGAUGGUGAACGUGAUGGACGACCCGCUGACCGAGGGCCCGGAGCCCGACUCGGCGGCCGUCGGCCGCGCCCAGGGCCUGUACAUGGGGGCGGACCAGGCGGAGCUGGGCUUCCUGCAGACCAUGAACCUCGUGCUCACCUCCGGCCCCUACAACGGCAGCACGCUCGCCGUGCUCGGACGCAACUGCCCGCUCACCGACGUCCGCGAGAUGCCCGUCGUCGGCGGCACCGGCGCCUUCCGCUUCGCCCGCGGGUACGCGCAGGCCCGGACCCACUGGCUCGACUUCAAGACUGGCGACGCCACCGUCGAAUACGACGUCUACGUCAUGCACUAGCAUGAAAAUGCUUCAAAGGCUUUUAUUUUCCUCGUUUGUUUACUUCCGGUUAUGCUUUGCUUUGAGAUUUGGGCGUUUUCUUUGUCCUAAAUAUCGGUGCCUUUUUUUUUUGGGUUAACUGCCUGUCAAGUUGCAAGAAUAAGUGGCCCUAUGUGAAACAGUGAAAGGCGUAUACUUUUUUUAUUAUUGAAACUUUUCUAUCGUACUUUUUUUUUGCUCGAGAGAUGCAAAAGCCUUGCAUUUUGAAAUUUGAUGCAUUGA